AUGGCCACCCUCCUCCCCCUCCUCGCCCUCUUCGCCACCUCCACCCUCGCCCAAUCCUCUAUCCUCUCCCUCCCCUUCUACGGCUACGACACCCAACCCAUCGUCGCCUCCAUCCUCUCCUCCAACCCCACCGCGACAACCCUCGCCCUCGCCUGCCGCCCCGGCACCGACGCCUCCGACUGCGGCCUCUUCCCCGCACAGACCCUCACCAUCGGGCCCUCGACCUACAACAUGUUCAUCGGCGAGGGGACCGCGUUCACGGGGACGCAGCAGUGUGCCACGCAGGGGACCACGGCGGCGGUUUGUACCGAGAGUAAUGCGGGGAGUGAGGCGAAUUUUCCUGGGGUUAGUACCACGACGUAUGAGGGGACGGAUGUGGUUGUUCUUCCGGUUACGGUUACGGCGGGGGUGGAGCGGUUGGGUGGUGGUGGUUCUGCGUCUGCCUCGACGGGUUCUUCUGGAUCGAGCGCGCCGGCUUCUGUGAGCGCGACGGCUACGUCGAGUGGAGAGGUUACGAUGUUGACGGGGACUGCUUCGUCUUCGUCUUCUUCGGCUUCGAGGUCGGGAUCUGAAAGCUCGUCUUCUUCUUCUGGUACGGGAUCGGCUACUGGAUCUGCUGCGGCGACGUCUUCGAGUAGCGCUGCUAUGGCCGCCACGAAGGUGUCGGGAGGACUCUUUUCAUUUCUUUUGGCGGCUGCUAGUGCGUUUGGAUAUGCUCUGUCCUAG